UUACAAGCCUAAUGGAACAUCUAUCAGAUUAUGAAUACGAUGUGGAGAACUACUUACCAAGUUUUGGUGAUAAUGAUACAAAUGGAAAUAAUACUAAUGACCAUGAUGUAGAUGUUAAUGAAAUG